GGAGUUUAGGAACGCAUGGCAACAGCUUCGGUCGUGGGAUGGCGCGAUCAAGUAGGAAGUUGUGGGCAUGUAAUUUACUAUUUAAAGUUUCCUAAUACAACAGAAAACGCUGCCAAGUUUCUUCUCGCUCGUUCUGUUUUGAUCGGCUAAACUUGCGGUAGUUCGCUAACAAUCUUCAUAUUAUAUAUGCAGCCUGCCUCCAUCACGACCACGACGUACUCACAACCUCGCCGGAGAUCCAAGCAGCCCGUUCGAUAAUAAUCCUAUCGGCGGCGGCGGCGAUCACCGACCGGCCAAGCAGCAUAUAUACCUUCGGUUUCGUAAUUUUUCUCUCUUGUUCGUUCUCCAUGGCGGCGAAUUUCGUCUGCUUCUUCGCCGGCUUGUGCAUCGGCAUAUCGAUCCAGGCGAACGACGAAGAGCAGCAGCGGCGGCGGCGCCUCGUCGAGCUGGAGCGGCGCGGCGAGGAGCGGGAGAAGCAGGUCGCCGAGAUGGUGAGCCGGGAGGAGGAUCGCGAGCGGGAGCGGAAGAAGAACCUGGACAAGCUCGACCAGAUCGUCCAGAUCCUCAGGAAUCUGUGACCGGAUAGCCGCCGGCCGCCGUGGAGACGAGGCUCGCCGGAGCUAGGAGAGAUGACAAUAACAGUGUUAUUACUACUGUACUAGAUUAUUACUCCCUCCGUCCCACAGUAUAAGGAAUUUUGAGUUUUUGCUUGCAACGUUUGACCACUCGUCUUAGUUAUAUUUUUUUUGUAAAUAUAAAAAACGAAAAGUUGUGCUUAAAGUACUGUAGAUAAUAAAGUAAGUUAUAAAUAAAAUAAAUAAUAAUUUCAAAAAAUUUUGAAUAAGACGAGUGAUCAAACGUUGCUGGCUUUCUCUGUAAUCAUUUGUCCCAUAUUUUUCGCUUUUCUUUGUGAUCACUUGUAGUACCAAAUUUAGGCUUUGUUCUAAUGUGCAAGUCAUUUAUAAGCUUUUCGCCAA